CGCCGAACAAGACGAGUUCGUGAGACAGAUACUCGAACUGCUGGAUGAUGAACCUUCGACACCACAUUGGUGCAGAACAAAGAUACCCAGGGCGCCUUUGACAGUUUGGCUUGAAGACAUGUUUCGGAAAGCACUUCUCACGUUGUCAGCUACAGUAACAUCAUCAUCGGCCGCUCAGGGAUACCCACCGUCAGCAAGUCCCGCACCUACACAAUCGCCGAGUCCUUCACCAAAUAACGGCGGCCAAUCUAGUGCAACAGCUCAAAAUCAACUUCAGCAAGCCUCCCCCGCCAUGGGGCAGCAAGUUCAGGAAAAUGCGCAGGGCCCAGAUGGCCAAGUUCAAGGCUGGAUAUUAUUCGGCGUUCAAGGAGCAGGGAAGUUCCUGAAAUCGGCCCAAGUAUUGGUCAACGACCAUAGUACCGAUCACAGUGUCUUCCAAGACCUCAGGAAAUGUUAUCGUGCCAAAAGAGGCCGGAUAAGGCUGUGGUUCUCUAUCUGGCGAUUGGAGUUCUGCGAAGUCGUAAAGUUCAGCAGGUUGCCACUCGAGCUGGUCCGCCAGUAUAGCGAUCUUCCCACAGACGAGGUCUAUCUAUACAAUCCUCGUGCUGGGGCCCCGGAUGUUACAAACCCCCCCGUUCCGGCUCAUCCUUUUGAUAAUCUGUUCUACGCCUGUCCCGUGCCUUGCACCUGGCAUAAUCUCCAUAGCUGCAGACCAGCACUGUCUGGCGCUGAAUUUAUGCAACGCAUCCCGAGGAGAACUAUAUGCUUCGAAAGAGAUCAGGAAUCGCCGGUAUGGGGCCUCGAAGCAAAGUUUGCGGUUUCCGCUCUCUGCAUUACCAUCUAUCAUUGCAUCAUGCUGGCGGGUCCCUUCGCAUUUUUUGCAUGGUGGCUCAGACAUCAUCCAGGUGAUUUGCAGAAUGCCUCUGUUCCAGCCACCAUCGCUCUAGGUGCUCUAUCCCUCUUUUGGAGCAUUGCUGGAAUCUUGACAAGCCACGGUAAAGAUUAAAUAAUCUGGGGCCCUGAGGGCCGAGCUUGGGGCGUGAGUAGAUGAUUAGUGCCAGGGAAGCGGAUGAGUGCUCGCGCACGCACACCUUCGCGAUAUUACGCAGCUGACGGAAUGGGCCUUCGAAAGACCAUAACGAAUUCUUU